AUGUUUCUCGCACUUUUAUUCAUUUUGAAAGUCUUACUUGAACCUACAAGCUGUGUUGAUUUUGUCUUUCCUUGUGGACAACCAAAAGUAUAUACUGGAUAUUUAUGGUCAAACUCAACAGUUGUCCACGUUGUACCAAGAAUUCAGGCCACAUCAGAGAAACUUAAUGACAAUUUCGGCAAAGCAUGUCGAUUUAAUGUUCAUAGCUCUGAAAACUUGCCUUUUUAUGUUGAGUUGCUUGAUAUGAAAUAUGGGUUUGCUGAACUACGUGUCGACCCAAAGAUAUCAUCAAACAUUAAAAAUACUUCAUCAUUCGUUUUGGAAAUAGAAGCGAUAGAUUGCAAUGAACAACCAAAUACAUCUCCACGAGUUCCAAUUCGUAUUCAAGUGAUAAAUCGACAUGGACCAGUCUUCGAUAAACCUCAUUAUAAUUUUAAAAUUGGUCAAAGAAGUCCAGUUGGCAGUAUUGUUGGUCAAAUUCAAGCAAUAGAAGAAGUUAGUCAAACCAAUGAUCACGUGAAUACAGCCAUUUGUGGUUAUCGUCUUGAACCUUUUGAUAGCCCAUUUGCUAUAAACAGUUACGGUGUUAUACGUGUACGUGAAACACUUUCAUCACUUGCACAAAGACCUUAUUCACUACAAGUUAUCGCUGAAGACUGUACUCGCCCUGUGCCUCAUAGAGCUUCAGUCGGCAUAACUAUUGAUCAAAUACUUGUCGAUUGUCGACCUGGAUGGAAAAAUAUACCAACCGAUAUUGAAUUUCUUGGCUCUGAAGAAAAACCAGAACGUCUAUUUCAACAUUCAAGUCUACAUCUAGAUACUUGUACUGGUCCAUGUUCUGAUCCAUUCAUAGAAGCUAGAUUAGAACUUAGAGCAGCUGUAAUAGGUCAGAAUUUGAUAACUGCCAGUCCACAAUCCUGCCGACAUGAUCCUGUUAGCAUAAGAAGGCAACAAAAAUUUUGUGGCUUGAAUCCGUCUACUAUUACAAAUUUACUUCCUGAUCCUGAAUAUGAUAUAGUCAAUCAACUGAUUGGUCCAGCGUUGGGUAAUUCACCACGUUUAAUUCCAUCACUACUUGCAUGGAGAUUUGAUGCAGCUUCGUCGACUGUCUGGGAAGUGGAUACAAGCCGUUUAUUUAAUCAUACAAAACAAUCAUUUAGUUGGGAUUCUGAUUUCACUAUAUCUUUUUGGCUUAGACGACAUAAGGCUAAUAACUAUUUAAAUAAAGCAAAUAUUGAAGAUCAUGAAGAAUCAAUAAUUUGUAGUCAUGAUGAUAUUGAACCUGAAUGGAGAUAUUUAUCUGUUAAUCUACGUGGAUGUCGAUUCAUAGUGAGGAUUAUGUCAUCUGCACCUGGAACAAAUGUAGAUGAUCCAAAAAAAUCUACAAUAUGGAUAUUUGAUCCAUUACCAGAGGAUAUUUGUUCACAGUCUACUGGACAUGAUGAUGGAAUUUGGCAUCAUUAUUCAAUUACAUUUAGUUCAUCGCCAUCAGCAGUUACAAAUGAUCCCAUAAGUAUAUUAAUCGAUGGUCAAGAUCUAGACAUUAAAGCUAUGCCUACAGAUUAUGAAUCUGUUCAGUCUACUUCAAAUCCUUUCAAAUAUCAAGGGAAACCAAGGCUAACAAUUGGAGCAUGUUAUGAUCCUCAAACACAUCUGACAAGGCAACAUUUAAACGGUGAUUUGACUGGUUUUACACUUCUACAAGAAAAGACUGAAUCACCAAAUUCCCUAAGAUGUAUUAGUCAGUGUGGUGAAGCUUUACUUAUUCCGAAUGUUUUACAGGUAUUAUGUCCAGAUAUUGAUAUACAUUUAGAAAAUGAUGUGAUUACUGUUAGUGGACAGAAUGUGAAUCACGUGAUCGAUGUGUUGACUUCAAUCGCUUAUGCUAGACCUCAACCAGGAAUUAGUGUCAAUUAUGUACCAAAUGUAGCACAAGCUCGUUUAUUAAGACUUUUAACAACAUACAGAUGUACUGGAGACCAGCAGUUCACUAUACCAACUGCAGAAAUUCGAUUGAAUGUUCUACCGAUGACAGUGACCGAUCUGCUAAAAUCAUCACAUCAUGAAAUUUCUGAUCAAAUCUCUCAAUCGCCUAAGGAUGCCUCAUUAUGGAUUCCGUCUAAUAUGCAUAUCCUUGAUCGUCCUAGUAUUUCACAGGCUGUAAUUGAAUCUCGAGCUAAUUAUGAUACAGAAACAAAACCGCUUCAACCUCCAUCAUUAAUAAUCCUUGGAUCAGAUAUUGUGACUACUGAACCACCAAUAAAUCCACCUGGUAUCCCUUUGUUUUCUGAUCUUCGUUUUGGCCUUCCAACAGAACAAGUUUCUGAUUCCUCUGGGCCUUCUGAAGCUGCUGCAAUUGUCCCAUUAGAUGAUUGUUUUGUAUGGCUUAUAUCAACUGGCAGUCCAAUCAGUUUAAAUAUAAGACCAAAAUUAUACGAAGAAUUUGGUGCACGUAUUGACUGGCCUAUAGAUGAAACUCAAUCUUAUCAGUUAAUUGGUAUGGCUGAUCGUAGUGGAAUACAGCUGAGAGGACGUAAACCUGCACUAAUCUAUGCUAAUCUCCUGCAUAAAUUCAGAUUUUGGCCACCUAAAAAUAUACGUUCAAUGAAGGCAAUUGAUGAAAAGACAGAAAUCAUUUAUAUGGCAAAUAUUGGUUUAGUAUGCAGUUUGGAUAGUGGAAAACAGACAACACCUGAAUUUGUUGUUAAAAUUGUUAUUCAAGGUAAAGAAGCGAAAACAGAAUCUCUUGUAAAUGAAAUGGGUGCAUUCAUUUCAAAUCAGACUUCUUCAUCGUCUAAUUCCAAUUUGGAUGCAGUACAUUAUGUCCUAUCGGAUCAAGAACGCAGAGACUCAGGAGAUAAAACUUUAAGUCGUCUACGUCCUAUCAAUCCAAGUGAAUAUAACAGUGAGACUACAGAUAAAAAGACGCAAUAUAAUUAUACUGGCUUGAUUGUUGGUUUAUCGAUCUCUGCAUUAAUACUAUGGUUGAUAAUUGGUGCAGCUGUCUGGUAUGUACGUAGAAAUCAACCAAGGACUAAUACUAAACCAACACGUCGUAGAAGAUUUGCAUCUCAGCCAGCUGAUUUUGGUGGUUCUAAUCUGAAAACAGAUCCAACGCUCAGAUUAACUGCUAAUCCUGUGAAUGAUCUACAGCUUAUGGGCAUGAAAACGAAUGUAAUUCGAAGUAUGGAAUAUCCAAAUCAUUCAACACCUGCACGAAAUCAGUGUAUCUAUUCACCACCAAUGACAGUGCACAGGACAAAUCCAUUCAAUAAUACGCAUAACAAUAUACCAUGUGAUGAGAUCAGUAAUUCAGUAUCACCAAUUCAUACACCAAGAUUAGCUGAUCUUGAAGAAUUCGAUGAUGAAAACUAUGAAUAUGAUGAUGAGUUGACAAGUAUGAAUCAUAUGAAUGAUAGCAAAUAUUGGAUCAUGGGACCAGCUACAGCAACAACAACAACAACCCCGAGUAAAUUCAUCAAAGAGUCUACAGUCGUCAAGUCACCGGCUAAUCAAGACCAACUUGGAAUGCCAAAAUUGUUACCGCCUAACGCCACAUAUAAAUCUGAUCGUUAUGAAUGGAUUGAUAAUGAAGCAGAAUCUAAUUGGCAUGAAGAAAUCCAUUCUUGUAAUGAUAAAGAGGAGUUGAAUCCAAAAGAAUUACUCGCUCAAACAAACAAUCAUGUAAAUCAAAACAGUAUUAAUCAGAUUGUUCAUGUGUAG